GGUCGCGCUGUGGAUCAGUUCCUUGGGCAGGGCUUUCGUCUCUUGAUCUGAACCGGGCGCUGUGCCCAAGGCGAAGACCUGCAGGCUGACAGCCAGCCGGUCGAGAUAUGACUUCAGUGCUUCCUCUUCGACCAACGGCGUUCGGAAGACGACGUAGACCGGCAGCAGCUCAUCUAGCCUGUGCAUGAGUAAGAGCGCUGUCUCGCUGAUUGGGAUCGCUGCACAUACCGAACAGCAGCACCUGUCUUUGCUUCACAAACGGCAGGAUCGAAGUGCCCGCAUCUUCGACAGUGCCGUCCCACGAGUUGAACGCCUCCUCCAUGUCCACAUUCGAGGCCGCUGGUGCGAUGGCCUCCAAGACGGAGCUGUCGGCAAAGUCGACGCUGGCGCGAGGUUCCUCUUCCGAGCCCAUGUUACUUCUCGACGCUCGUCGGACGAGGGGCGGCAGCGUGAGGGCGGACUCACGUGCGGUGCGGCUGGUCAAGGUCGAGCUAGCCGCCCCAUGCAGGGAUCAUCUGGCCCGUGCGCGGUUCACGGCGGCCGUUGCCAAAACUUGCAUGUCGCGAGGCUGCGUUGGUGCAUUGCGACUCGACGCCCACGCUAACCACUCGUCGCGAUGAACAGCUAUCCGCCCCCCGUGGGCAUGGCGCCGCCUGCAUGGCGGGCUGUCAAGACGGCCGACGGCAAGGAAUACUACCACAACGCCGCGACGAAUGCGACGACGUGGGAGAAGCCGGACGAGCUCAAGGACGAGGUCGAGGUCAGU